CUCCCCCUUCCCGCUUCCCGGCCGCCCCCCCCUCCGCCCAGCGCAGCCCGCGGAGUCCCCUUCGGCUCUGCCCAGCCCGGCCUGGGGGCCCGGGGGUGGCGGUGGGUCCCGACCGGCUCCCGGGCCGAGCCGUGCCCAGCCAAGCCGCACUGGCUUCUUUGUCUGCGGGCGGCGGCCGCCCGGCCCCGGCCCCGGCCCCCUGGCCCGAGCUGUGAGAUGAAUCUCUAAUCGGUGGCCGCCGGGCACCGGGGGCGAAGGCGGCUCGGGCUCGGGCUCCGAUGUGCUAGGUGGGGGCCGGCCCCCACCCGACCCUGACAAGUGACCAUGGAUCCUGGAGCUGGGCCAGAGUCAUCUCUGACUGUCAAUGAGCAGGUCAUCGUGAUGUCAGGCCACGAGACCAUCCGCGUGCUGGAAGUUGGAGUGGAUGCCCAGAUCUCGGCUGAGGAGGAGGGCAAAGGGCUGGAGGGCGUGGCUGCUGAGGGCUCCCAGAACAGAGGCCCUGGUGAAGCCAGUGAACCUGCUGGUGAAGCCGGGCCAGACAACCCAGACUCUUCUGCAGAGGCAACGGUGAAGUCUCUCCCGGGGAUCCCUCCGAGCCCUGCCCCUGCCGUUGCCACCUUCAGCCAAGCCCCGAGCCAGCCUCAGCCAUCCCAGACGCUGGCGCCCCUCGCUGUACAAGCUGCCCCCCAGGUCUUGACUCAGGAAAACUUAGCCACAGUUCUGACAGGAGUUAUGGUUCCAGCAGGGGCAGUUACUCAACCUCUUCUUAUCCCCAUCAGUAUUGCAGGUCAAGUGGCUGGUCAGCAGGGGCUGGCCGUGUGGACAAUUCCUACAGCAACCGUGGCUGCCCUCCCAGGACUGACAGCUGCUUCUCCCACGGGGGGAAUUUUCAAGCCACCUUUAGCCGGUCUGCAAGCAGCUGCCGUGCUGAAUGCCGCGCUCCCGACACCUGUCCAAGCUGUCCCGCCGCAAGCGCCAGCACAGGCCUCGUCGCCCACCCAGCCCCGGCCAGCAGCCCCGCCCCAGACGCUGUUCCAGACCCCACCGCUGCUGCAGACCACACCUGCCAUUCUCCCGCAGCCCCCUGCUGCCACCACGACGGCUCCCACACCCAAGCCGGUGGACAACCCCCCACAGAUCACCGUCCAGCCUGCGGGCUUUGCGCUAAGCCCAGGAAUUAUCAGUGCUGCUUCCCUCGGGGGACAGACCCAGAUCCUAGGCUCCCUCACUACCACUCCGGUCAUUGCCAACGCCAUCCCCAGCAUGCCGGGGAUCAGCAGUCAGAUCCUCACCAACGCUCAGGGACAGGUUAUUGGAGCCUUGCCGUGGGUAGUGAACUCGGCUAGUGUGGCAGCCCCAGCUCCAGCCCCGAGCCUGCAGGUCCAGGCUGUGACCCCCCAGCUGUUGUUGAAUGCCCAGGGCCAGGUGAUUGCGACCCUGGCCAGCAGCCCCCUGCCUCCGCCCGUGGCUGUCCGGAAGGCAAGCACGCCUGAGUCCCCCGCUAAGAGUGAGGUACAGCCCAUCCAGCCCACGCCGGCCGUGCCCCAGCCUGCGGUGGUCAUCACCAGCCCAGCCCCAGCGGCCAAGCCAUCUGCCUCUGCUCCCAUUCCAAUCACCUGCUCUGAGACCCCUACUGUCAGCCAGUUGGUAUCCAAGCCACAUACCCCAAGUCUGGAUGAGGACGGAAUCAACUUGGAAGAGAUCCGGGAGUUUGCCAAGAAUUUUAAGAUCCGACGGCUGUCCCUGGGCCUCACACAGACUCAGGUGGGUCAGGCUCUGACUGCCACAGAAGGCCCGGCCUACAGCCAGUCAGCUAUCUGCCGGUUCGAGAAGCUGGACAUCACACCCAAGAGUGCCCAGAAGCUGAAGCCAGUGCUGGAGAAGUGGCUGAAUGAAGCCGAACUCCGGAACCAGGAAGGACAGCAGAACCUGAUGGAGUUUGUGGGAGGUGAGCCCUCCAAGAAACGCAAACGCCGCACCUCCUUCACCCCCCAGGCCAUAGAGGCUCUGAAUGCCUAUUUCGAGAAGAACCCGCUGCCCACGGGCCAGGAGAUCACCGAGAUUGCUAAGGAGCUCAACUAUGACCGGGAGGUGGUGCGGGUCUGGUUCUGCAAUCGGCGCCAGACACUCAAGAACACCAGCAAGCUGAAUGUCUUUCAGAUCCCUUAGGGCUCAGCCCCAGCCCUGCGUUCCAGCACUUUGUACUUUUUCCUUGGCCCCUGGCUGCAGCCACUGCCGUGACAGCACCUGUCAUCCUGCCGCGUGCAGCUGUGCUUGUCCUGGGUCGUGAGGCUCCACUGUGUGCAUGUGUGUCCACUGCCUCCCUCGGCUCCUCCACGUAUCUCAUAGCAUGGAGAGGGCAGAGGGGCCCGCUGGAGAGCUCCAGGCUCCAGCCGGUCACGCCAGGGGACCCCUCCCUUAAGUGGUGUCACUUAAAGAAGCACUUUGCUAAUGUGGUUUUCCAAGGGUGAAUUCUGGUUGGGAACCAGACACUCUCCAUCCUUGGGGCAGGGCUGCAGCUGCCCCAAAGGAUCCCUGGCCCUUAGCUCUUGUUCUUGAUGGCAUUCUCUCUCCUCGCUGUCUUCCCCUUUGCUCCUGUGUGUAAGUGUGGCAGGUACAGCCGCUUGUCCCGUGGAACCGUGGAACCGCAGCCUCACCUCCCACUCUUUGCCUGUAGGCACACUGUCUCCCCAAAAGGACCCAAGAGGCACAAUUCCGAAAAGUGUGAUGAGCUGCUCAGAAGGUCAGGCUCAGUGUCUGCCUUGCCUUCGAGGUCAGAAGGUUCCCACAACCCUGAGAACAUGGGAUCUCCUUUCCCACUCUCCCUGAUUCCUUUUGAGGGAAAUUGCACUAAAGCAGAACCUUCUCAUUUGUAAUCCAUGUUGGAAGGAAACAGCUUUGAAACUGCAUUCAGACCAACCAAACCUUCCGAGUGUGGUAAGAAUGAGAAAGCAGGCAGGCGCCUUGCCUGCCCCAGCCUCCCAGGAGAGAAUAUGUCUCCCAAGGGGCAGGCUCAAGUUUAAGGUUAUCUAGCCCAUCUGCAUGAGAUGAGGACCUCACCUGUGAGAGACAUGCCUAUCAAGUUUGCAGUAAGAAGAGUUAAUUAUCAGGGUCAGUAAAGGAUUCAGUGGCUUACCCUUCAAUGAAUUAGAGAGAGCCAGGUUUUCACCCUCAAAUGCUUGCAUUCAGAUAUGCUUUCUUUUUUGGGAGAGACAAGUGGGUCACAGCUGGAGCCCAGGGAGUAGCAUAUAAUCCGGGGGUGGGGGUGGCCGGGGAGAUUCAGGAGGAUCCCAUCUGUCCUGGUCUGGGAAAGGAAAAAGAUAAUGAAGUUCUGGUCUAAAUUAGGCCUGGCCAUGCUUUCUCAGCUCCUCCCUUUUCUAAAUCUGUCUUCCCGAGCCUGGGCUAGAAUGAAACCAUUUUCUCCUCUCCAGGAAGGAUGGAUAGGUCUUUCCAAGGGACAGAAUUUUUGCAGGAUGAAUUCCCCAGGCAGGGGUGGGGGGGGCACAGAGUAUCUCUGAUAUGGCCCAAGGCAGAGCUCACAGGCUCCCUGUCUCUGCUCCUGCUCUCCUACUGUCAAGUCCUUGGGGAGCAGGUAUCUACCUGAGGUGGGUCUUCUGCUUUGUUUCUGGUAGCACCACACAAUGAAGGGAAUUUAUAUAACGUUUGUUUUGAAAGCACCUUUCUGGACAGAAGCCAGAGCUUACAGAGGAGAGAGGGCAGAAAUUAUUUAAAUAUCUGCGUGUGGUAUUGUUUGUUUGGUUUUGUUUUAAAUGAAAGAAAAACUGGAACUUUUUCUAUGGCCCGGUGAAUCAGCUGGGGGCUUUGACCCUGCACUCUCCGUGGCAUUGUAUCUAGUGGGAGCCCAGGAAAGAAUAUGGCCAGGUGGAUUGAGGAACACACUUGAAUUUGGAAUGAGAGAGACCCUGACAUUUUUUGUGUCCUUGGACCCGCUCACCUUCCUAUGCCUAGAUUAUAUUUCUGUCUUAUAGGCCAGGCUCUGACACUGAGGUUCUGACUGUCCCCUGACAAGGAGCAAAGCCUGCUGAGGGCUGGAGUGAGGGGUGGGGAGGGGAGAAUGGGGAAGAAGCACUUGAUGUAGUUGUGUGGAAUAAACAGUAUUUUUCUUUUGUA